UUGGUAGAUGCAAUUGCCGUCUUCGCGGCUGCAAGACGAAGGCAGUUGCUGGCUCCUCGCUGCAGCUGCCUUCCACCGUUCAAUUCUUCAAGCUAGCUUUCAGUUUUUACUUCACUGUGUGACCAACAGGCAUCAACACGGCUACACCGAUGGAUCAAGACCAUCUCCAAUGCCGGAAAGCGUUGUGGAAUCGCGGAUGCGUGAGCAGCACCAACAGCGGUGCCAACCGCGUGGGAGUGGCGCGGUGCCCGGACUCGGUCGGCUACCGCACCCCGCUCGAGGCCAUGGCCGAAGGAGGACACGAGAAGAUGCUAUGGCUGCCAUGCUCGGUGCCGCAGAAGGACCGGCCCGAUUACCUGGCCACCGUGUGCGUGGAUCAGGACUCGCCAGAUUACUGCAAGGUGGUUCAUCGGCUUGAGAUGCCGUACUGCGGUGAUAGUCUGCAUCACAUGAACUGGAACACGUGUAGCAGCUGCUACGGAAACCCGAGCAAGCGACGCGACAAGCUGGUGCUUCCCGGUCUCGACAGCGACCGCGUCUACGUGGUCGAUUUGGCGCAGAAUCCCAGGGCACCGACCCUGUACAAGGUGAUCGAAAGUGAUGAGCUACACCGGGAGGGACUGUCGGCGCCUCACACUCCCCACUGUCUGCCCAGCGGUGAGGUCCUCAUCAGCACUAUGGGAGACGAGAACGAGAACGCCAAAGGGAGCUUUCUCCUGCUGGAGGAACGCACAUUCAACGUCCGCGGAACGUGGCAGCCACAGCUCGACGUCUCCGACUUCGGCUACGACUUCUGGUACCAGCCGCGGCACAACGUUAUGGUCAGCAGUCAGUGGGGGGCCCCCUCCGCCUUCCGAAAGGGAUUCAACAUCGCGGACGUUGAACAAGGGCUCUACGGUACCAGCCUGGUGGUGUGGGACUGGACGUACAGACGUAAACUGCAGACCAUCGACCUUGGUCCCGAAGGCACCAUGCCGCUUGAAGUGCGCUUUCUUCACAACCCCGAUGCCUCGGAAGGUUACGUUGGCUGCGCCUUGGGGGGAACCGUGUUCCGAUUCUUCAAGACAGACGCGAAGGACGGGAGCUGGGCAGCCGAGAAAGUGAUCUCAGUUCCAGCUAAGAAAGUAAAAGGAUGGGCCAUGGACGUGAUGCCAGCGAUCAUAACGGACAUACUGAUAUCACUGGACGACCGGUUCCUUUACGUCGCCUGCUGGAUCCAUGGCGACGUGCGCCAAUACGACAUCACUGACACCAGCCACCCGAGCUUGGUGGGACAGGUAUUCACGGGAGGUUCCAUUUACAAGAGCGGGCCUGUCAAGGUGCUUCGUGACGAAGAGCUGAAGGUCCAGCCCGCCCGGUGCACGAUACAGGGCAAGCCCGUGCGUGGAGCCGCUCAAAUGUUGCAGCUCAGCUUGGACGGCAAGCGUCUGUACGCCAGCACGACUCUGUACGGUCCGUGGGACAAACAGUUCUACCCUGAGAUGUGGGAGCAAGGCGGCAUGGUGAUACGCAUGCACGUGGACACGGUCAAGGGAGGCCUGACCAUCGACCACAGCUUCCUGGUAGACUUCGCCGACGAGCCCGACGGACCGUCGCUUGGCCACGAGAUACGAUUACCCGGCGGGGACUCGACGUCCGACAUAUGGACGUGAUAGGCUAUACGACCACACCAUCCACCAUAUUCUUGCGCAACCAAUAAAGAU